UGGGAGGAGCGAAGGACAUGGAGGGACGGGGGCGGGAAGAGGGAGGAAAGUGAAAGGCGCUGAGCGUCUCUCUUUCCCCUGUCGGACGCGGUUCUCGACUGCUCCCGGCCGCUGCUGUAUUGUGGGAUCGCGGCGCCGUGCCGGGGCCGCUCGGCUGUGCCGGGGCGUCCACUAGCUAGCGCCUCCUGUCGUCUGUGAAGCCACCCUGCUAUUCCUCGGCACCCCAGCGCCCCCCACCCCCCCAUCCCCUCCUCCUCCAUCCUCCAGUUCAAAAUGGCGGCGGCGGCGGCAGCGGCGGCGGCGUUGGCUCCUCCGGGCUGCCCGGGUUCGUGCCCCAACUUCGCCGUGGUGUGCUCCUUCCUGGAGCGCUACGGGCCGCUGCUCGAUCUGCCCGAGUUGCCGUUCCCCGAGCUGGAGCGGGUGCUGCAGGCGCCGCCGCGGGACGUCGGCAACGGGGAAGUACCAAAAGAACUGGUGGAGCUUCAUUUGAAGUUGAUGAGGAAGAUUGGCAAAUCCGUUACAGCAGACAGAUGGGAAAAAUAUUUGAUCAAGAUAUGCCAAGAGUUUAAUAGCACUUGGGCAUGGGAGAUGGAGAAGAAAGGCUAUCUCGAAAUGAGUGUUGAAUGCAAACUAGCGCUCCUAAAGUACCUCUGUGAGUGUCAGUUUGAUGACAAUCUCAAAUUCAAGAAUAUUAUCAAUGAGGAAGAUGCCGAUACCAUGCGUCUCCAGCCAAUUGGUCGAGACAAAGAUGGCCUCAUGUACUGGUACCAGUUGGAUCAAGAUCACAAUGUCAGAAUGUACAUAGAAGAACAAGAUGAUCAAGAUGGCUCAUCGUGGAAAUGCAUUGUCAGAAAUCGAAACGAGUUGGCUGAGACUCUUGCACUCCUGAAAGCACAAAUUGAUCCUGUACUAUUGAAAAGCUCCAGCCAACAGGACAGCUCUUCCCGGGACAGUCCCAGCUUAGAUGAUGAGGAGACUAAAAAGGAGGAAGAAACACCUAAACAAGAGGAACAGAAAGAAAAUGAAAAGAGGAAAAGUGAAGAGCAGCCAGUAGAUUCAGAAAACUGUUCUAUACCCAAUGCUCUGGAAGAAACAACUGUGAAAAUAGAAAAAGAAGAUGAAAAGGAACUUGUGAAAAUGCCAGUUAUAGUAAAGUUAGAAAAACCUUUGCUGGAAAGUGAGGGAAAAAAGAUUUUCAAAGAAGAAAGUGAUGCCUUCAAGGAAAAUGUCAAACCCAUUAAAGUCGAAGUGAAGGAAUGUAAAGCAGACCCUAAAGAUAUCAAAGGAGGUGUGGAGAAGCUGGAGCCCGAGAGGCUGGAGUUUGGUGGCAAUGUUAAAUCUACUCAAGAAAUUACUGAGAAGUCUACUGAAGAAACCGAGAAACUUAAAAAUGACCAGCAGGCCAAGAUACCACUAAAAAAAAGAGAAAUUAAACUGAGUGAUGAUUUUGACAGUCCAAUCAAAGGACCUUUGUGUAAAUCAGUUACUCCAACAAAAGAAUUUUUGAAGGAUGAAAUAAAACAAGAGGAGGAGACUUAUAAAAGGAUCUCUACAAUCACUGCUUUGGGUCAUGAAGGGAAACAGCUGGUAAAUGGAGAAGUUUGUGAUGAAAAGGUAACUCCAAAUUUUAAGACAGAACAAAUGGAGACAAAGUUUUAUGAUACAAAGGAAGAUGGCUGUAGCCCCUCUAAGGAUAAAAGUGUCAUCGUGGAGGGAAAUGGAGCAGACUCCUUAAAUUCUGUCAUAAUAAGUAUAAAAAAAGGUGACCUGGAGAAAGAAGUGGUCCCUUUAGGGAAAGAUGCAGAAAGUUCAGUAUCAGCUGUAGAGACCCAGAGUCCAAAAGAACAGACAGAGGAAACUGGUCCUCCAGAAAUGGAAACCUCUCUCGAGGCUUCUGACAUGGCAACUGAUCUCUCUUUAAAAACUGCUUUAUCUGCUGCUGAAUCCCAUACCAUGAAAGUUGAAGAGAAGUCUCCCAAAAAUAAGGAUAAGCGCCCACCAGUCAUAGAAUGUCUUGAAAAGUUAGAGAAGUCCAAAAAGACCUUUCUUGACAAGGACCCACAAAGAUUGAGUCCAAUACCAGAGGAGGUUCCUAAGAGUCCUCUGGAAUCAGUAACGCUGGGCUCUCCUGGGGCAGCUGAAACUUCCUCGCUGUCUGACAUGGCUGGGCAUUGUGAGAAACCAGCCUCAGAAAAAGAUAUGGUGGAGUGUCAGAGCACAAGUUCUGUUGAGGGUCAGUCCCUGCAAAAAACAGACUCAGAAGUUCUGAAAGCGGAUUCUGAAUCCAUGAAGGUAGUAGAAAUGGACAACCUGGACAAUGCCCAGACCUCUGGUGCAGAGGACCCUUCUGACACAAAAGGUUCUAUGCAAAAAAACAAAUUUAAAUAUAAGUUGAUUCCUGAGGAAGAAACCACUGCCCCAGAGAACACAGAGAUAACCUCUGAAAGGCAAAAGGAGGGCAUCAAAUUAACAAUUAGGAUAUCCAGUCGGAAGAAGAAGCCAGAAUCUCCUCCCCAAAUUCUAGAACCAGAAACCAAGCAAGAGAAGUCUGAAAAAGAAGAAGAGAAAACAAAUGUGGGUCGUACUUUAAGGAGGUCUCCAAGGAUAUCUAGACCCACAGCCAAAGUGGCUGAGAUCAGAGAUCAGAAAGCUGAUAAAAAAAGAGGGGAAGGAGAAGAUGAAGUGGACGAGGAGUCAACGGCUUUGCAAAAAACAGACAAAAAGGAAAAUUUGAAAAAAACGGAGAAAGAUAUAAAUUCUAAAGUAAGCAAGGUAAAAACCAAAGGCAAAGUUCGAUGGACUGGUUCUCGAACACGUGGCAGGUGGAAAUAUUCCAGCAACGAUGAAAGUGAAGGGUCUGACAGUGAGAAAUCAUCUGCAGCUUCAGAAGAGGAGGGAGCAAAGGAGAGUGAAGAAGCCGUCCUAGCGGAGGAUGAUGAACCCUGCAAAAAAUGUGGCCUUCCAAACCAUCCUGAGCUAAAAGCAGUGUGGUGUGAUGGGAAAAGCAUGGACCAGACAGACUUGGCAGCAGAUCCUGCUUCCACCACUUAUCAGAUUCUUCUGUGCGACUCUUGUGACAGUGGCUACCACACUGCCUGCCUUCGCCCUCCUCUGAUGAUCAUCCCUGAUGGAGAAUGGUUCUGCCCCCCUUGCCAACAUAAACUACUGUGUGAGAAAUUAGAGGAACAAUUGCAGGACUUGGAUGUUGCCUUAAAGAAGAAAGAGCGUGCUGAACGCAGGAAAGAACGCUUGGUGUAUGUGGGUAUCAGUAUUGAAAACAUCAUUCCUCCACAAGAGCCAGAUUUUUCUGAAGAUCAUGAAGAAAAGAAAAAGGAUUCAAAAAAAUCCAAAGCAAACUCGCUUGAAAGAAGAUCAACAAGAACACGGAAAUGUAUAAGUUAUAGAUUUGAUGAGUUUGAUGAAGCAAUUGAUGAAGCUAUAGAAGAUGAUAUCAAAGAGGCUGAUGGAGGAGGAGUUGGUCGAGGAAAAGAUAUCUCCACCAUCACGGGUCACCGUGGGAAAGAUAUCUCCACUAUUUUGGAUGAAGAGAGAAAGGAGAAUAAACGACCCCAGAGGGCUGCUGCUGCUCGCCGGAAGAAACGCCGGCGAUUAAAUGAUCUGGACAGUGACAGCAACCUGGAUGAAGAAGAGAGUGAGGAUGAGUUCAAGAUCAGUGAUGGAUCUCAAGAUGAGUUUGUUGUAUCUGAUGAAAACCCAGAUGAAAGUGAAGAAGACCCACCAUCUAAUGAUGACAGUGACACUGAUUUCUGUAGCCGAAGACUAAGACGACAUCCCUCCCGGCCAAUGAGGCAAAGCAGGCGUUUGCGGAGAAAAACCCCAAAGAAAAAUUAUUCUGACGACGAUGAAGAGGAGUCUGAUGAGAAUAGUAGAGACUCUGAAAGUGAUUUUAGCGAUGACUUUAGUGAUGAUUAUGUAGAGACUCGGCGAAGGCGGUCAAGGAGGAACCAGAAAAGACAAAUUAACUACAAAGAAGAUUCAGAGAGUGAAGGUUCCCAGAAAAGUUUACGGCGUGGUAAAGAAAUCAGACGAGUUCACAAGCGCAGGCUUUCCAGCUCAGAAAGUGAAGAGAGCUAUAUGUCCAAGAACUCUGAAGAUGAGGAGCUAGCUAAAGAAUCAAAGCGGUCAGUUCGAAAGCGGGGUCGAAGUGCAGAUGAGUAUUCAGAAGCAGAAGAGGAAGACAAACCAUCCCGAAAACGGCUACACCGGAUUGAGACAGAUGAGGAGGAGAGUUGUGACAAUGUUCAUGGAGAUGCAGAUGAGCCUGCCCGUGAUAGCCAGCCCAGAGUCCUGCCCUCAGAACAGGAGAGCACCAAGAAGCCCUAUCGGAUAGACAGUGAUGAGGAAGAGGACUUUGAAAAUGUAGGCAAGGUGGGAAGCCCAUUGGACUAUAGCUUAGUGGACUUACCUUCCACCAAUGGACAGAGUCCUGGCAAAGCCAUUGAGAAUUUGAUUGGCAAGCCAGCUGAGAAGCCUCAGACCCCCAAGGACAACAGCACAGCCAGUGCAAGCCUGGCCCCCAAUGGGACAAGUGGUGGGCAGGAGGCAGGGGCACCAGAAGAGGACGAAGAUGAGCUUUUGAGAGUGACUGACCUUGUUGAUUACGUCUGUAACAGUGAACAGUUAUAAGACCUUUUUUCCAUUUUUGUGCUAAUUUAUUCCACGGUAGCUCUCACACCAGCGGGCCAGUUAUUAAAAGCGGUUUUAUUUUUCCUAGAAAACUCCACUACAGAAUGACUUUUUAGAAGAAAAAUUUCAACAAACCCUGAAGUCUUUCUGUGAAGUGACCAGUUUUGAACUUUGAAGAUAAAUAAUUGCUGUAAAUUCCUUUUGACUUUCUUUUUCCAAGUUCAUGGUCCUUGGUAAUUUCAUUCAUGGAAAAAAAAAUCUUAUUAUAAUAACAACAAAGAUUUGUAUAUUUUUGACUUUAUAUUUCCUGAGCUCUCCUGACUUUGUGAAAAAGGGUGGAUAAAGAAUGCAUUCCGGAUCUUCGAGGGCCGAAAACAGAAUUAGGGGUGGGAGAAAGCACUUGUGCUUUAGCUUUUUCAUAUUAAAUAUAUAUUAUAUUUAAACAUUCAUGGCAUAGAUGAUGAUUAACAGACUGUUUAAAAGUUCAAGUCUGUGUUGUUGCAGUUUGAAAAUUGUAGAUAACAUCAUACGUAAGUCAUUUAGUAGCAGCAUUCAUGAAUCAACUUGUUUACUAUUGGAGAUAACCACACUUAAUAAAGAAGAGUCCAAAAGGGUACCAUCCUAAAAAAAAUCCUCUAAGUUUGGUAUAGCAGAGUUUCUUGUUUUAAAAAAAUCAUCUGAAAAGUAUUUGUACAGUAAAAUGUAAAAUGAAGCUUUGACAACCAGAUUGUGCUACCAACAAAUUUAAAACAGCUUUAUGCAGUGAUGAUGAGGUGGCCUCUAAUGUACUAUCAUGGAAAGUUAUUAAUGAAAUGAGUGUAGUCUUCUUUUAAGGCCCAGUGGACUGUAAACUUUGCAUAUAGUGUAACUCUUUUGUUCUGGCCACCUAUUUAAAUAUAUAAAAUAUCAUUUUGAAACAAAUACAUCUAUACUUAACAUACAUGAAGAGAUGCUAAGCUGAUAGUGGUAUUUUAGCACAUUUGAAGAAGGGGAAAGGAUUUUCAGGUGAAUUUUAACUGGUUUAUUCUUGCCCUUAGUAUCUACUUCAAAUUGAAGUCUACAAACAAAGCAGUUCCUUUGGGAGAUUUUUAGUUUGAAUUUUAGCAUGUGUGUGUGUGUGUGUGUGUGUGUGUGUGUAUGUAUGUGUGUGUGUUGUACUUUCUUAUCUGCCUGGAUAUAUUAGCAGGGUUUGAAUGUAGUUUUUGCCUUUGGCUAUUAGACUUCUAUUAAAAUUCAUUAAUAGUCACAUGACCAACAUAGAGUUGAUUGAGAACACCAAUGUACUUAAUAGGCAUGACAUCCAUUUCAAACAUCUCAACACUUAAAAAAAAAAAAGUUAAGCCCUUUGUUUCAAGAAAAGGGGUUUGUAUCUAACAUGUAAUUGACACUAAAAUAUGAGCUUUGUCUUAGUUUGUGGUACAGCUGUAAAAUUUCAGGCAGAGCCAUAAAUAACAUUGUACAAAGUGUAGCACUUGUGAUUAAACCUUGCCUGUCAAAUUCUGAAACCUUCAGCCAUUACUUCUGUGAAUACUUUUGCCCUGGGAUUUGGGUUUUUCUGUUCCAGUGUUGUGUCUGUUGCCGGCAAUGGACACACCAUAUCUGCUGCUGGCCCAAGAACUUCAUUAAUUUUUCUUUCCAAAUUAAGCAUAUGUGCUAGUCAGUGUAUAGUAAAGCACUUCUCUUUUUUAUUAUUAAAAAGCUGGCAUUAGACUUGCAUUAUAAAUACCUCUCUAGAAACUUUAUACUUCUUUUCCCUCCUCAACAGGUGUUGCCCUUAAAUCUUAUCUUUUUGACCUUGAAAGUUUAUAGCUGUUGUUUUUCAGUUAUUGGUUCUUUUAUUUGUUUUGUUUCACUUUAGUUCUAUAGUACCUGCUCAUUAAUAUUUUUGCUUUGAUUCUAGCAAUGUAUAUGUAUCUGUAUAAAAAAUAAAAUAAUGAAAGCAGCCUAAAAAUAGGGUGCACACAUAGCAUGUGGUUCCAAGUAAGUUGUGAUUUUUAUUUUGAGACAAUGUUCCACUGGAAGGGAGGGAAGGGCUCACAUUCACAGACAAUAGAGCCGAGGGCUAUGUAAGGAGCCACAUUCAUUAACAAGUCUCCUUUCUAGUUAGGUACCGUUUCUUUUAUUUGGAAGUCUUAAGAAUGUUAGCCUUUUUAAACAGUCAGGCCAUAGAAGGAUUCCCACUAGUGCAAGGUAAGUGGUUAGAAUGUUCCAGUGGCCUAUUCUGUUCCCAGUCUCCCUCUACUAUUUUACUGGUAGUCUGCAAGCUGGUCAAGCCACUAUGUGUGGAAACUCCCAUGUGCCCUGUUUCUACCUCUGGACACACCAGCUCCUGCUUCCACCUAUUCUGUUCAAUUAAGCAAGUGAUAAGUAUUAAAUGGGUAGAUUAUUUCUUUUACAGGACGCCUAAUGUGAAAUAAGGAGUUCUUUGUACUCUUCUGUUACAGAGAGCAAAAGGUAAUUUUUUAUCAUUGUGAAGACUGAGUAUUCAUUCAGCAAAUGGCCCAUUGAUAUGGGACAUUAUGAUACCACUUUUGCUGCCCAUUGUUUACCCAACUUGAAUUGUUUGUGAAGUUGAUAGUGUAUUCCUUCUAACCUUACAUUCUGAUUAAACUAAUUAACUUUCAUUUACAAAGAAUGUAAUCCAAGCAGCUGAUACUUAUAAAUUCUUAUGCAGAGAGAUUCAUUAUGAGUGAUUAAAUGUUGAACAGUUAAAAAACAACUCUGCUAAUUGGCGUUUAGAUUCAUUCCCUGAAAGAGUCUGUUCACUGAAAUAUUAACUCUGAACACACUUUGAGGAAGUUUUUAAAAAUUAGGAAAUAGUAAACAUUUUAUAUCCCAAGACAUACUUCAGUCAUUAGGAACUGGACAGUGCAUAGGAAAGCAGCAAUUCAUCUAGGGUAUAGAACAUCUUGAGUCCUUGUUAUUGGAGUACUAACCAUGGAUUUAGGUUCACAAUAGAGUCGUUUAAUACUUUAAUCCCCCUUUUUUGAAAUACAAUUUGGAUUCCUGAUAUAAAACUCCAUCGUGUAAAGCAAAUGUGUUAACGGGAGAUGUAGUUUAGUACUCAGGCUAUGUAGUUUGCAAUUUCUGUAAAGGUUUGAAAAUGAGCCAAAUUGUCAUAAAGUAGAGGCUUUUAAUUAUGUGAAAAAAUUCAGACUGAAAAUACACCUUUUGGUUUUAUAGAUUUGUGCUGAUGAAAUAGUGUUCUGUGUAAAACGUUUUCCAUUGUUGGUACAUUACUAGAGAAUGAUGGCAGGGAUAUUUUCUAGAAUACACCUGAUAUAUUGAGGUUGGGUUUCCUGGACACAUCUUUUUCCAUUUGGUUAAGAUGGCAAAUUCAGAGAGUAAAGAGUUUCAUUUAGAAUCAAUUCACGUCUACUGAUAAUCUUUUAAUAAGUUUGACCUGCCAAAGAACCAAGGACUUCAAAUGAUGAGGAAGCUGUUGCAAAAAGAUUUUUAAACUAAUUUUAAAAGAAUAUAAACUCCAGUUUUCAUUUUCUAGUUGAUAGGACCCAUCCCGUAAUAUGUGUUUUGAGCACAGUACAUAUAGUAAAGAAAAUGUAGAAGUUUACUUGUUAUUUAGAGGUAAAAUGGGAAAAUGUUAGCUAUUUUUAAGUGGGGUUGAUGGGAUUUCCUUUGUCAUAAGGAAUGCUUUUUUAGCUUAUGUUUGUGGGGCUGAGAAUUGUUCACCAUUCGCUAGUUUGUACUACCAUACAACUGAAAGGAACCUAAUGAAUCUUCAAGUUUCACACUCAGAAAACGUGAACUCUGCCUUUCCCCAACACGAUGGAACAGGCCAUAAUUCAUGGCAUUUCCUCACAGCUAUAGGUCUUUUCUUUUAUGGAAUGAAUAUAUAUAUAUAUAAACAUGUAUACGUACUUUAGAUAUUAGGAUAAAAAUGAAUCCUAUGAAAUCAUUAAUUGACACAAAUCAGAUAAAUAAUUAUAACUGAUAGGAAAUUAUGAACAUUUAAUUACAGAAAGUCUAGAGCAGCGGUUCUCAACCUGUGGGUCGCGAUCCCUUUGGGGGUCGAACGACCCUUUCACAUCACCUAAGACCAUCGGAAAACACAUAUAUAAUUACAUAUUGUUUUUGUGAUUAAUCACUAUGCUUUAAUUAUGUUCAAUUUGUAACAAUGAAAUUGGGAGUCACCACAACAUGAGGAACUGUAUUAAAGGGUUGCAGCAUUAGAAAGGUUGAGAACCACUGGUCUAGAGGAAAGUUGUGAAGGUCCUUUUCUUGGUUUGACAUUCUAAAAAUAUAUUCCUGGUUCUCCCAAGAAGUGAGAAUGCCAAAACUGCAGAUCUGUUGUAAUCUACCUGGUCCUCUGCUUAAUAUCUGUUAUUAAACUUAGAACAAAAUCCAUUCCUGUUUCAUCCACCAUUCCCAGUGUGUAGCUAUAAACUACCUUGGAAGUGGCAAGCUAACUGCUGGUUUUCUUCAUUGUUUUUAUGCUAAUCCUGAACGCGAUGCCUUUUGCUAUCAGUGUAUUUAAACUGAGUUAUUGUGUUAUGUGUACACUUAGUUUGUUUUCAAAAUAUUUCACUCCAACGUAAAUGAUCAUCUGACAGUUUCUGAGUGCCAAGAAUUGCUAAGGAACUGUGUAACAUGUGUUAAAGAUAGGGUUAUUGCCCAGCAAGCGAGCAGUCGUUAAAAGCCAAAAUGUAGUAUGCUUGGUAUAUAAAUACCUUAGAUUGAACAUGUAACACUUUUUAUUCAUAUCAAUUCUCUCAGAAAUUUAUUAGGAUUUCAUGAGUGGCUUUUUCUCCUCAUUUUGGUCAUGUAAGCUCAGUUUGUUUUUGUUUGUUUGUGUGCAUUUUAUAUUUAUACCAUCUUGCUCUGGGAAAUGCUGCAAACCCAAUUCUGGCACAUUUAGUGAUUUCAGUUAGUGAAGAUGCUGUUUUUAUUUUAAUUACUUUAAGAUGUCUAUCCUAUGCAUAAGUUAUAUUAGAGGGCAUAACAAAUUAUUAGAUGUGUAGAGAUGUUUUAAUUAAGCUCUUUAGACAUUUUGAAUAAGAAAAAACAUUUUUUAAAGGAACUACAUUUGUGGUUUUUUUGCCAAACCGGUACAAGCUAGAAAAUGCACUAAGGACUGAGUGACCCGCCUUGUUCAUUUUGCCACUGGAUAAUGUAAGUUAAGAAUGGAAUUGUUAACCCUAACUAUAUGUUUUCUUAACUUUCAUCAGCUUCUAAAGAAAUCUAAUUUAAGUGUUUGGGGUUUUGUUGGGCCUGUAUUUAUUGAGUUCUGGUCAUAGACCAGGAGCCACAUGUCAUGCUUAUGGAUAGCCAGACACAGUCAUGGGGAAACGUAAUGGCUCAAGACCUUCUGAAUCGUUUAACUUAUUUUGUAUGUUGCAAAAAAAGAACAAAGUUUAUUUUGCUUGAGAGUCACAUUUUUAUAACUGUACAGCUUUUAAGGGAUGAGAAGUGGGAAAAUACCCUAAAAUAGGAUGUAGAUUUUUACAACUGUGUUUAUGCUAGAACAUCUACAGGUGCAUUAUGUAAUUAAACCUAAAAUUGUUUAAAAAGAAUGUGUGCCAUGGUCUUCUUCAUUCUCCUGCCCUUUAGCAGAGUUGGUGCAUAUCAAUACUGCCAUGUGGACAAGCUUUGAAAUUAGGCAAAUAAUCCUUGUCUCCAAAGUUUUAAGUUCAUUGCAUGAAAAUUAUACACACGCAUAGACACAAAUAAACACGCAGAUCUAGUUUAUGUCAAUGUAAAUGGACUUUUCUACUUUGAAACAGCUAUAAUGGCCCAAAUUUUGUCAGUAAAGAGCAUAUUCUUAGAGUGUGAUUUUUGUGAUGCCUAACUAGGAUAUUGAUAAUGUUGGUCUGGUGUUUUGUUCUUAUGAAAGUAGCUUUUUGAUAACAGUAUCUGAAUUGUAGCUCAACCAAACCUGCCAGGAGGUUUUGUAUACAACUUGAAAGGGGGUGCCCUGUGCUGGGUUUGAGGGCAAGUGCGGGCAGAGUUCGGUUUCUUUUCAAUCUGUAAAAGAAGGGAAAACUAGAAUUGAUCAAUUUGGUUCUUGUUAUUCAGUAGACUUAAUUCUACAGGAAUACUUGCUGGAGAAUGGCAGGAAAAAGUAUUAGCUUUGAAUUCCAAUUCCCUUAUUUGAUAAAAAGUAUUUUGUCGUCUUGUAGAGCUGCCAAUUCUAGCAGUCUUAAUGGCACAUUUUACCAUAGUUUUAUUAAGACACUUUUGUUUAAAUGCCAGUACUUUUUGCCAUCUGACGAUUUUAUCAUUCUAUUUCUCACCUUUGUAGCACAAGUGUAUUCUUGGAAAGCAUUAAAUUCAUCUCCGUGUGUCAUAAUGUCUACCCAAGCUAACUUUAUUGUCAGCUAAUGUGGGACGUCAGUUUCUUGGCUAUCCUUUCUGAUCAGAGGUGAAGCCUGGGAAUCAAAUUUCCAGGUGAAGAAUACAAAUUCCAGAUAAGAAUUUGUAAAUGGUAUAUGUAAGAUUUUCAUUUUGAUUUUAAAGUAAGAGCUGGAAUUCAGGGGUGUUUGCUCAGAAUGCCUCUUGGAUUUUCAGACAUGCUUAUAUGAAAUGCUUUAUUUUCCUAUGCAUAAGACAAAUUAUUCCUGGAACAGGUUCUCAGAUGCUUUAUUUUGUUUUUAUGAGAUGAGAGCUAAAGCAGAAGCUCCAAGAUUAACAAACUGUUGAGGUAAUCAGGAACGUGCUAUUAGUCAAAUAGAGGAAACUGGAGUGCUCUCUACCACAUAUAUCAUACUGCAUGUGUGUGGGGGUGGGAGGGAAAGAGGUCUGAAAACUGGAAAUGUGAUCCCAAUACUGCACAAAGUAAAUCUGUGCAUAGGAAAUGUGGGAAUUCCUGGUAGCGAAAAGCUUUGGGGGCUAACUGCAGUGUAUAAACACGUCGUGUGUUAGAAUUGCAGUGCAUAGUUGUUUCAAUAUAAUCCUUGUAAGUGACAACCAAAAUAUGUUGUGGCUGGUGCCAAUAUUUUUGUUAAUGAAAUGUUCAAUGUCUCACUACAGUCUGAUCAGAACUCUUGGUGUUAUAAGGUAGGCCUAAAGCUAUUUUACAGCUAUUGGCUGAAUUGUGUAACUUUUUCUUUCAAAAUGUUUUAUUAUACUUCUGUCAUUUCUUUCUCUUAAUAUAUGUCAAUUGUCAUAAUAAAAUAUUUAAAUAAUUGGA